AUGGCCUCGUCGACCUCUCAGGACAGUGUCGGGGUCGCUGAGAAGGAUCCAACAAGAGCUCUGACUGCGAGCCCGACCCAAUUUACCGAUAGCGAAGACGACCCGGUCACCAAUGGCCACACCAACAUCCCACAGGCAGGAAGUGACCACGACGGCACGGACGAGGGAGAGAGCUACGAUGGUUCAGAUGGGGAAGAAGAAGAAGACGACUACGACGAAGACGACGAAGACGACGAUGAAGAACCUGCUCUCAAAUACGAACGAAUAGGUGGUUCCGUGCCCGACUUAUUCAGAAAGGAUUCUGCCUCCUCCCUGGCCGUCGCGAACAAGCUUAUGGCUCUUGGCACCCAUAAUGGCAUAGUGCAUAUCCUCGACUUGAGUGGUAAUCGAAUCAAGUCGUACAAACCACACAUGGCAUCUGUGGUCGACAUUUGCAUGGAUUCAUUGGCUGAGUUCGUGGCUACUGCUUCUAUCGACGGACAGGUAGUGAUUCAUUCACUGUCCUCGAAGGAAUCUUAUGCGUUCGACAUGAAACGGCCGAUGCGUACCAUUGCUCUUGAGCCCAACUUCGCGAAGAGUAGUUACAGGUCUUUUGUCUGCGGAGGACUAGCCGGCACCCUCGUCUUACAUGAAAAGGGGUGGCUAGGGCACAAGGAAACUGUUCUGCACUCGGGGGAGGGGCCGAUAGGGCAAGUUAGAUGGAGAGGAAGGCUGAUCGCCUGGGCAAACGACUUGGGUGUCAAAAUCUACGACACAACCCCGCGCGCGGACCUGUUCAAGUGCACCCUCCAUUGGCAGGACGACUCGACACUCAUAAUCGCCUGGGCAGACUACAUCAAAGUCGCUCGCGUCCGCGCUCGCCCUCCUACAAAUGAAGCUUCCUCCAAAGCUGGCCUUCCUCCUCUUAUCGUUGAAAUUACCGCUGCGCUUCAACUGGAAUGCAUGAUAUCCGGCAUCGUACCACACGAAGUCCUACACACGGCGCCGACCCCCUUGCCAGAAUUAGGGACAGACAAACUCACCGUGCACCGAUCCAUGUCGUUAACAUCUUUCCUCAUCUUGGCAUACACCCCGCCGGACACGUCAUUCACGGAUGAAAUGACAGAGGAUCGAGCGCAGCAGGCGAAGAAAGCUGCCGAGCGCCCCGAACUCCAGAUCAUCUCUCGAACCGGAGAAGAGUUGGCUACGGAUGCGCUAACUGUAUCUGACUACCACAGGUGGGGUUGUAAUGACUACGUCCUCGCGGAUGUCCUGGACACUGCAAAUCCUACAGCCGACGUUGGAGUAGGCAAGAGCUAUGUUGUGAUGAGCCCUAAGGAUAUAGUCUUGGUCAAGCCUCGAGAUAGGCGUGAUCACGUUGCUUGGUUGGUUGAGCGGAAGAGGUACGAAGAAGCACUGGAGGCUGUCGAGCAGAUCGAGGCUAGCGGUGAGGCGAUUACCGACAAGGUAGAGGACGCGGUUACUACAUCAUCGAUAGGGCAGAGGUACAUUGAACAUCUGAUGCACGAGGGCGAAUUCACGAAAGCCGCGAAGCUAUGUCCAAAGGUUUGCGGGCAGGACGUGCAUCGCUGGGAGAACUGGAUACUCCUCUUCGCAGACAAGGAAGAACUCCAGGCCGUGAUCCCGUAUGUGCCUACAGACUCCCCCAGAUUGAGCCACUUGGUAUACGAGAUGAUGCUAGCGUAUUUCAUCAAGCACGACAGACAGGCUUUACUUCAAACCGUGAGGGAUUGGCCAAAGGACAUCUACAACCUCACCGCUGUAAUCGUAGCCAUUCACUCGGAGCUCGACUCUUCGGCUAGUACUUCCACCUUCAAAUCGUCUACACAAGAGACGACGCUACUCAUGGAGUGUUUGGCGGAGCUAUACACGGCAAACCGCCAACCUGGCAAAGCUCUGCCUUUCUAUUUGCGCCUGCGACGGCCCAAUGUCUUCGACCUCAUUCGGGAGCAUAAUCUCUUUACUGAUGUCCGGGACCAAGCUUUGCUGCUAGUUGAAUUCGACCAAGAGCUCGUUGAACAGCGUAGAAAGAACGGAGAGAUUGUCAACGACAAAGAGAGCCCGGCGAUCACGUUGCUCGUAGAUCAUAUCCAUUCAAUACCUAUUGGUAGAGUCGUUCAGCAGCUCCAAAGCCGCCCCUACUAUCUUUUCCUGUAUCUCGACGCACUGUUCGAGAAGGACCCUUAUCUCACGGCCGACUUUGCUGACAUUCAGGUCAAACUGUACGCCGAAUAUGCGACUCUUCGGCUGAUUGACUUCCUACGUGCAAGUAAUUACUACAACCUAGAGAAUGCAUAUCAUAUCUGCAAAGACCGCGACUUAGUCACGGAGAUGGUGUUCCUCUUGGGUCGCAUGGGCAAUAACAAACAAGCUUUGACGCUCAUUAUCGAACGGCUAGGCGACGUCAAUAGGGCUAUUGAUUUUGCGAAGGAACAAGCAGAUGAUGAUCUAUGGGAAGACCUCUUGAAAUAUUCCGAAACGCGGCCCACUUUCAUCCGCGGCCUACUCGAGAAUGUCGGCGCGGAAAUCGACCCUAUCCGUCUUAUACGACGUAUCAAGAAUGGAUUAGAGAUUCCUGGUCUCAAGGACGCUUUGAUCAAGAUCUUGCACGACUUCCAUCUGCAGAUAUCCUUACUGGAGGGCUGUCAGACAGUUUUGAAUGGCGACAGCUCGGAUUUAGCGGGAAAACUACACAGAUACCAGAAUUCAGGGUUCUUCCUUGCUGGGAAAACGACAUGUCCGAUCUGUUCAAGAUCACUGCAUGGGCCACCACAAGAGCUCUUGCUCCUUUUCCUCUGCCGACACGCUGUCCAUGCCUCAUGCGUCGAAGGCGGAGACGACUUACCUUCGCACUCCGAAUUGGGCAUACGUAACCUUUCCCUGAAUGGGUCAAUAGACCGUAUAAUAAGCAACAAAUUGGCAUUGUGA